CAAUCAGUGAUUUCUUCAUUGGUUAUCCAGAAAAAUCUAAGAGGUAUCGAUUUUAUUGCCCUAACCAUAGUAUGAGAAUUGUUGAAACUGGAAAUGCUAGGUUCAUUGAGAAUGGUGAAGUUAGUAGGAGCUUAGAGCCACGCAAUGUGGAAAUUCAAGAAGUUAGAGUGCAAAUAUCUUUACCUCUACCCUCUUCUCAAGUUGUUGCUCCUGCACAUGUUGAGCAUGAUAACGAUUUGCAGGAACAACAAAUGAAAGGUCAAGCACCACCUAAUAUUGCUAUUGAGAAUGAACCUAACAUAGAUGAACCACAUGAAAUCGCAUUAAGAAGGUCUACAAGAAAUCGAAGGCCUGCAAUUUCUGAUGAUUAUGAGGUUUAUAUUCACGAGUUAGAAUCUGAUUUAGGACUCUAUCAUGAUCCAGUUUCAUUUUCACAAGCCAUGGAAAGUGAGCAUUCUGAUAAAUGGUUAGCUGCCGCGAAAGAAGAGAUGAAAUCUAUGUAUAAAAAUGAAGUUUGGGACCUUGUUGAUUUGCCUGAAGGUUGUAAAAGAGUUGGUAAUAGAUGGGUCUGGAAGACCAAACACGACUCUAAUGGCAAUAUCGAAAGACACAGGGCCAGACUUGUUGCCAAAGGUUUCACUCAGAAAAGUGGUGUUGACUAUAAAGAGACAUUUUCACCCGUCUCUAAGAAAGACUCCUUAAGGAUUGUCAUGGCAAUGGUAGCUCAUUAUAAUCUAGAGCUCCAUCAGAUGGAUGUGAAAACCGCCUUUCUAAAUGGGAAUUUAGAUGAAGCAGUCUAUAUGGAUCAACCUGAAGGUUUUGUGGUUGAGGGAAAAGAACAUAUGGUGUGUAAAUUAAAGAAGUCAAUAUACGGACUUAAACAAGCUUCCCGACAAUGGUAUAUUAAGUUCAAUGAUACCAUUACAUCUUUUGGAUUUAGGGAGAACAUCGUCGAUCGAUGUAUAUAUCUGAAGAUUAGUGGGAGUAAGUUUAUAAUUUUAGUUCUGUAUGUUGACGAUAUCUUGCUUGCUACAAAUGAUCUUGGUUUAUUACAUCAAACCAAGGAGUUUCUCUCUAAGAACUUUGAAAUGAAGGAUUUGGGUGAGGCAUCCUAUGUGAUUGGAAUAGAAAUAUUUCGUGAUAGAUCACAAGGACUGUUGGGAUUGUCUCAGAAAUCAUACAUUAACCGGAUCCUAGAGAGAUACAACAUGGCUGAAUGCUCUGCAAAUGUCGUUCCAAUUCAGAAGGGAGAUAAAUUUAGUCUCAAACAAUGUCCAAAGAAUGAAUUGGAACGCAAGCAAAUGGAACACAUUCCUUAUGAAUCUAUUGUUGGAAGUUUGAAUUAUGCACAAACUUGUACCAGACCAGACAUCAGUUUCGCUGUCGGAAUGCUGGGCAGGUAUCAAAGUAAUCCAGGAGUAGAUCAUUGGAAAGCUGCAAAGAAGGUACUAAGGUAUCUGCAAGGAACAAAAGACCACAUGCUCACCUUUAGGAGAUCUGAUCACCUUGAGGUGAUUGGAUAUUCAGAUUCAGAUUAUGCUGGAUGUGUAGACACCAGGAAGUCUACUUUUGGCUAUUUGUUCCUUAUAGCCGGAGGGGCAAUUUCAUGGAAGAGUGCGAAGCAGUCUGUUAUUGCCACAUCCACUAUGGAAGCUGAAUUCAUAGCUUGUUAUGAAGCUACAAAUCAUGGUUUAUGGCUGCGGAAUUUUAUUUUUGGACUUGGAAUUGUCGACACUAUCGCCAAGCCGCUGAAAAUUUACUGUGAUAAUUCCGCAGCGGUAUUCUUCUCUAAGAAUGACAAGUAUUCGAAGGGUGCUAAGCAUAUGGAGGUGAAAUACUUUGUCGUUAAGGAAGAAGUUCAGAAACAAAGGGUGUCGAUCGAGCAUAUUAGCACACAGCUUAUGAUUGCUGAUCCAUUAACAAAAGGAUUGCCUCCUAAGACAUUUACUGAACAUGUCGAAAGGAUGGGGAUUAUAGGACGUCAUGACUAAAGUUAUUUUAUGUUUCAUGGAUUGACACUUUGAGCUCAUCUAUUUUGUUUCUGGAAUAAAGUUAUGAAUCUUGUUUUAUUUAUUAUGACUAGUAUAUAUACAUUAUGCAUUAUGUGAACAAAACAAGAUUUUUGUCUUUAGUGAAGACAUUAUUGUUGGACCAUUAUGACUACCUUGUUAUGCGUCAUAUUGAGCAUGAGACUGGUUUAGUUGUACAUGGAAGGGACUAUGUCGAUAAAUUGAUACAGAACCGCCAUGAUCCUAAUCUAGCUUUCAUACUUUAUUAUGACUUUAUGGUGAACCAAAUAUUAUGGAUUUAUCUUAUGAUGUGCACACUUAUGUUUAUUAUUAGAUCUUGUGAUAUAUAAUGAGACAUGGACCAAGUGGGAGAAUGUAAGCCCAAUUCCCGCAGGUAACUAGGGAAUAAUUGUGGCCCAAGUGUAAUUAUCACUUAAUGAUUUAAUAUAAGGUAAAUCCUAUAUUGAUUAGGUUAAUGAAAGGUAAAUUCCUAAUAUGCCCUGAUGGUGGGUCUAUAUAAAGAAGUCCUAGGAUUGGUCCUCUCUCAACCCAUUACGUAGAAUUUCUUAGCCAUCACAGAAAUCUCUAAACCUAAAACCUAAAGGGGUCAAGAGGGAGAAACUCAAUUCCGGUGAUUACUACUCCAGCGCCGCCGCCGCUCUCGUCAUGGAUCGAGGUAGGUUUUCCCGAUCUAUUAUCGAUUCGUGAAAUCAUCUAAUUCUAAGAUCCAUGCUAUUAUGAUCUUGGUUUACAAGGUCUCCUGUCGCCGCCACCAUGGAAGGGAACAAUGAUAAUACAUAAAUGAAUGCUAACAACCUCAGCUACAACCACAACCACAACCUCAACCAAACGUCUACCAGAUGGAAGAUCCAUUUUUCUUACAUUGAUAUGAGAAACCUUGUCUUUUUUAGUGGGAGAAAAACUCAGUACGACAAAUUACAACGAUUGGAGCUGGGCUACGUACAAAGCCUUAGCUGCUAAGAACAAGUUUGGUUUUAUUAAUGGUGUUCUUGCUGAGCCGGAGCCAACAAAUCCACUUCAUGGAGCCUGGGUGAGGAACAAUAUCAUGAUCCUUAGCUGGAUUCAACAAGCAAUCGACUUAGAAAUCAGAAAGACCAUCCUCUCCAGCAAAACUGUCGCAAAUGCUUGGAAAAGUUUGUAGUCCAUAUAUGGAUCUGAAGAUAUUAUCAGAGUUGCAAAGUUAGAAGAAGCUCUGUCAAACCUCCAAGAAGGUAAUCAGACCAUUACUGAGUACUAUGGCAAAGUGAUUACUUUGAACUUUGAAGGACGAAUUAGAUAAUUAUCAAGCCUUACUGCCUUGUGAAUGCACACCUGCUAGUCACAGAGACAGUAGGGCUAUGAAGAUGGUGUUAGAUUACCAUGACACAAAUUAUGCCAUUAAAUUCUUUGGAGGUUUGAAUGAAAACUUUGCUGGAGUGAGAGCUCGAGUAUUGUUUGGAGAUGACUCCAGGAACAUCUGCUCCACAAGUAAGGAUUCCGGAAUGCACAUUCUAUCAGAGACAUGGACAUUCAGAAGAUAGAUGCUUCCAGAAACAUGGAUUUUCCCCAAAUGCUAGACCCAGGAAUCCUUCCAAUUCUGGAGCCAGAGGUAGGCAAUAUGCCAACUAUGCAGUUGCUGAGAAUGGAGAGCACAAGGUAAAGCCUAACAAAGCAGACUAUAUAAGUUGAUGAGCUUAAUGCACAACCAAAAAUCUCAAGGCCCUUUAUUCAUUAUAGCUGCUUAUGUCUCCAACUCGGGAAGUUCAGGUAAAUACAUUUGUUCUAUUCCUACCAAGCUUGAAAAUACUAAGACUUCUAAAGAUUGGAUUCUUGAUAAUGGUGCUUCAGGUCACAUUACCUGCUCUCUAGAUUACCUAACUAAUUACAGAAGCAUUGACAAUGUCUACAUUACAUUACCUACUGGAGAGAAAAUACAAGCCACUCAUAUUGGAACUGCAAAGUGCAGCUCAUUUCUUACCCUUGAGGAAGUCUUAUUUGUUCCUCAUCUUUUACCUUCAAAUUUGUUUCAGGCAGCAAGCUGACCACCAAAAAAUCCUUUUACUUAACCUUCUAUUCUGACUUUUGUCUCAUACAGGACCUAGAGCUAAAGAGAAUGACUAGUUCUACUUCUGCUAGACUCUUCAAUGCUCUUUAUCAUCUAGAAGUAGAUGGUAAACCUAAAUUAUCACUGCUGCUAGGACAUAUAUUUUUUUUAUCUUUGGAACUUUUCAUUAGGACAUGUUUCCCGCUCUAAAUUCCCUCACCUCCGCCAAUUUUGUACCUCCAUUCAAACUUACAAAGAUCAACUGAUUUGUUCACUUUGCUAAGAAAAGGAAACUCCUUUUCCUAUGAGUCAAACUGUAACUCAAAGAUCUUUUCAGCUUCUUCAUGUUGAUAUAUGGGGUCCCAACCUAGUUCCAACUUAUGAUGGUUUCAAAUAUUUUUUAACCAUUGUUUAUAACUAUUCUCGUAUGACCUGGAUCUUCGAGUUACAACUUAAAUAUGAAGCCAGAUCUAAACUGAUUCAUUUUUUUCCUUCAAAUUGAAAGACAAUUUCAAAUUUCUGCUCACAAGAUAAGAAGCGAUCAAGGAAAAGAGUUUCAAAUGGAUGAUUUCCAUAAUUUCUCAGGUAUUUCGCUUGAGUUGUCAUGUGUUGAAACUCUCCAACAAAAUAAUAAGGUAGAAAAAAAGCAUCAACAUAUUCUUCUUGUUGCUAGAGCUCUCAUGUUUCAAGCUGAUCUCCUUGCUAGUUUUUUUGGUGACCGUGUUAAACAUGUUGUCUUUCUGAUUGCCAGAGUGCCCACCAUCAUUCUUGACAACCAAACACCUUAUAAAAAAAACUUCACAACACCCCACCUGACCUUACAGACUUGAGAGUCAUUUUAUUUUUUUAAUUGUCAUGUCAUUAACUUAACGGUCCAGUCAGCAAUUCUGUUCGCCACAUCAUUAAAAAAUUGACAGUUAACGGAUACUAACGGUAGUGACUAACAGUGAAACGAUUCGUAAAGUUAGUGGCGAAUAAGAAAGAAAAGUAAUUCGGGGGAAAACGUGAAAAAUUUAUGUAAUUUGAGUGACCUAACGUGUAAUUCAGCCUAUUUUUUAAUUUAAAAAGAAAUUAUGUAUAAUAGAUUGCUUCGAUAGUAUGAAAUAACAUUAUUUGUAUUAGUUAAAUUUUAUUAACUAAAUUAUAUGAUACCAACAAAGUAUAAUAUGAGAUAAUACUGGACAUUUGACUAUUAUUAAUUUUUCAUCAUGAUAUCAAUCACAUGUAUCAUACAUGACAUACAAAAUGAAGUAUCAAAUACAAUUCAAGAUUUUGG